GAGGAAAGAAGGAGAGAUAGAGAGAGGGGGGAAAAAAAAAAAGUAGUACCCCAAUUUCCCCUUAAUCUCAUCAGGAUCUCUUUUGGCAUUUGGGUUUCUCUCUCUCUCUCUUAUCUUUCCUCUGGCUACACCUCAAGCAACCAAGCUGUCUCUUGUUGGAAGCACAGAAGCACAAUCCCUAAAUACCCCGUCUCUCUCUCUCUCUCUCUCUCUGCUUACUAGUCUCUUAGUUUACCUAAAUGAAGACCAUUAGAGAUGUCCAAGGCAUGAUUCUUAAAGGUGCUAGCUAGCUUAAUGUUUGCGGCUGCUUCUUCUCUUUCACUUUCUUAAAAACUAUGGAAGGAGAGAAAAAGGGCAAGAUUUAAAAUCCCAAGAGUGGAGGAGACAAAGACUCAGAAGUAGUGAAGACACCAGUAGUAGUACUGAUCUCUUUUUAAUUAAUACCUAGCCCACACACAAGUUGGAGAUUUAAACAAGGUUUUCAGCUCAUAACCAUGGAAUUUAGAGCUCAAGAAAGUGAUCAAAUGAGGACUACGUCAACCGGGUCUCUUAACUACACCCAUCUAACAAAAGACCAAUCCCCAGGAGCAGAAAGAAGAAAAUCACUAAUUACUUCUACUAAUGGCAAUUCCACUAGUAAUUGCACUACUCAAACCCUAGAUAAUAUCUACCCUCGCUCUUUUCAGCACCAACCAGUGCAGCUUCAUGCCCAACAACCACUCAGAGAUCCGGACAACAAAAGCCCAGAUCCGAUGCCGUUUUCGCCGCUCUCGGCCGUUACAAAGACGAAAACGACGUCGUCGGCAGUGAAGUACCGAGAAUGCCUCAAGAACCACGCGGCCAGCGUCGGCGGAAACGUGUUCGAUGGGUGUGGAGAGUUCAUGCCAAAUGGCCAGGAAGGCUCCUUGGAGGCGCUAAAAUGCGCCGCCUGUCAAUGUCACCGGAAUUUCCACCGGAAAGAGAUCGACGGAGAGACUCAGUUGUACAGCCCCGGGUCGAGAAGAUCGAGUACUACUACCACCACGGCUUUGAUGCUCAAUCCUCUACAGCUCACCCCACCAUUACCGUCUCCUUCGCUUCAUCACCACCAUCCAAAUCAUCAUCCCCACCACCACCAUCACCUCCACAAGUACCCGAUUGUCCAGCCGAUGAACGUGGCGUUCGGCGGAGUAGCGGCCGCUGGCACGGAGUCGUCGAGUGAGGAUCUGAACGUGUACGGGCAGUCGACGGCGGAGGGGGUCCCUCCGCCGCCUUUCGCGCUGUCGAAGAAGCGGUUUCGGACUAAGUUCACGCAGGAGCAGAAGGAGAGGAUGCUGGAGUUUGCCGAGAAGGUCGGGUGGAGGAUCCAGAAGCAAGACGAGGUGGAGGUCGAGAGGUUUUGUGCGGAGGUUGGGGUGAAACGACAGGUCCUAAAAGUUUGGAUGCACAACAACAAGAGUGCCGUCAAGAAGCAGCAAGAGAUGAUGAUGAUGAUGGGCACGACCAACAAUAAUAGUAAUACCUCCGCCGGUAAUAUUCAUGACAAUAUGCAGUCUCUUGAGGUCAGUGAAGCUGUGGAAGAUGGAGGGUUGGAUACAUAGAUAUUGAUCAUAUAUUAUAUGUUAUAUGUUAUGUCACCAUGUUAUAUUGUGUUAUAUAUAGCUAGUUCUUUGGUUUUGGAGUAGGUGAUCUUUAUGGUUUUAUGGAGCCAGGUGAUACGUACGUACAAUUAGGGAGGUGUAAGAGGGGCAUUGAUGAUGGGGAAAUUUGUGAACAUGAUUAAUUCUUAUGCUUAGAAAACCAUGUUAUUGUUAUUUAAUUUAUUGUCUUUCAGCGGUUUUUUUUUUUUUUUUUCCCUGGCCAUUUGGACUGUGUUCAGGAGUUUGUCUAUUCUCUCUCUCUUCCUCUUUAUCUUUUUCUUUACUACUCCAAACUCUGUGUCUGUAUUUCUUUUUGAUAGUGGCUUGCUAAAUGGGGUGAAGGAAAUGAUCUCGUAGAACUAGAUAUUA